AUGAGAUUCCGCAAAAAGAAAACCAAGGUCGAAGACAUUGGUGCCAUGGACGAAACUCCUGAGGAUGAGACCUUUUUCAAAGAGGAAGCCAAGCGCAAUCUAGAAGAGUUGUGUAACGAAUUGAUUGAACGUACCAAGAGGGAAACCGAACUCAUUCGACAGCACUUGGGAAUUGAUGAUAGGGGGUGUUGUUUACGACAUCCCAACCAAUUCAUUACUGACAAGGUAUUGCCCAAUCGGCGCUUUGAAACCAUCAAAAUUUGUUUGAUUUGCGAUUCCGAAUUAAAGGCCGGUGGAAAAGCUCAGCGCAAGAGUAUGACCAAUGUGAUUUCCGACUUGAACACCCUUAUUGAAGACAAGACGGCCUGGCGCAACAAAACCAGUGUCAUGUACAAUGGACAAAUUCCAGAAGAAGAGGAAGAAAAUGAAGAAGAAGAAAACGCAGGCACCACCUUCAAGAAAUGGGAACCCGCCAAUCCAGAAGUGGAGCACAAGGAUUUCUCCCACAUGCUCAAAUUCUACAACCCAGAAGUGGAAGAAGAACAAGCCAAGGCUCGAAAAAAGAGCUUUCGAAAGAAAAAGAAGGCAGGAGACGAUGAAUCGGAAGAUAUUUCCGCCAUCAUCGAGCAUGAAGACGUUAUGUGGAAGGAGGAAGUCAAGCAACGAGUAGCACACGUACGAGCAUGGGAUGGUGACAUGGCACUGAAGCAGAAUCCUGUCUAUGCCAAGUACUUUCGAAUGGUCAAUGUUGGCAUUCCCAUGCAAGGCAUCCAACAGGCAAUGGAGAUGGACGGCUUGGACAUUCGUAUCAUGUCGUUGGAUCCCAAUCGGCCACUCCAAGAUCAAGUUGAUGACAUUCCGGACAUGUCCGAGGAGGAACGAGAAACGUUACGCCGGGGUGAUCAAUUGGCCUUGAUGAGAGAUGAUGAUAUCUUUGAACCCUUGACCAUUGACGAAACUGUGGAAAUGAUUCAUCGAGCUUAUGAACGACGGGCCUACUUUAUGCAAGAACUAGAAGACGAAAGAAAUCCGGAGAAACGAAAGUUGCAGAAGAAGCUCAUGAAGAAACUUGGAAAGGGGAGAGCGCCUCCACCACCUCUGAUUGAACCAAAAAGACGAGAAUUGCCACCCAAACCAGAAGAGGAAGGAAAAGGAGAGGAAGAGGAGGAAGAAAAUAAGAUCGAAAGGCGACCAGCUCCUUCACCAAGAGCAAGGCCUGCGUCUUCUCCUCUUACCGUCGAUACCACCGUGCCACCCAAGAGAUCCAGCCGCGGCGUGUCCUGGUCAAACCGAGAACAAGUAACCACUACAGAAGAUAUCGACAGUAGUCUCAGGGGAGAGCCAAGGUCACAGUCCCGUAUCCAUACCCCGUCAUCUGUGAGCAGCACCCACGCGACCAUGGGCACCCCUAGAGCUGCUGCUACACCUUCUCCCAAGGGUGGUCUCUUGUCUGCUGAUACAGCGGAUUCCCAGCCUCCCGUACUCUUUCCCGAACCAGAUGACAAAUUGCCGGGGUUCUAUUCGGACGAAGAAUUGUUACGAAUCUCGAAAAAGAGACGCCCCUUCAAGCCGGUCACCAAACUUGGUGCUACGAAAUAUGCCGUGGCCCGCACCAAGGAAGAACUCGCGCAAGCCGAAAAGGAAUUGCUCCAACGAACGGUCAUUACCAAUAGUCUCAAGACGCAAUUGGAACGUUUGCAAAAGGCAUUGGAAGAGGCGGAUAUGGACGUGGAGGAUUUGCAACACGAAUUGUACCAACUGGACCCGGCCGAUCCGCUCUGUACCCGCCCCUCCAAGCAAGAAGAAAAGCAGGACGAGGACGGUCCAUCCUCACCCUUUAAAAAUGUGGACCGCAGCGAUGUCGUCAAGGCUCGCAUGUCAAAAUUGUCCAUCAUGCCAAGAACUCUUCCACGAUGA